UUUUGUUGACUACAAACAGGUGCCUCUCUUACCCCUCCAGCAUGCAACUCUGAUGGAUAAACCCACCUCCCCUGGUGCACUUCUAGUGUAUAAAUUCACAGGAGUUUAGGUACAGUCUCACAUUUCUAACAAGCUCUCCUGAAAAGACACUGAGUGAAUUAUGAUUUCCAAGUUAAUAUUUAUUGUGUUGGCGUCAGUCCUGAUAGACCUGGGUGCCGAAGCUCAUAACCACUUUUUCACCGGUGCUGUCUACGAGCACGCCCGAUAUUACUCCAAAAAUGAAUCUGCAAGCCACAUAGUGGAGACGAAUUUGGACUGCUACAGAAAAGCAACCGAAAUUGCCAGUUCCAAAGGAGCAGAUGUCAUUGUUUUUCCAGAAUAUGGCAUAUUUCCGCCUUUAGAAAGAGCUGAAGUGAAGAAGUUUAUGGAAACUAUUCCAGAUCCUAAGAACGCUAGAGUAAACCCUUGUGAAGAAAGCGAUGUUUAUUCUCAGCGGAUUAUUUUACAUACUCUGAGUUGUAUGGCCAAAAACAACAACAUUGUUGUCGUUGCUAAUAUGGGAGAUCUUCAGAAAUGUGAAGGCGAACCAGAUUGCCCAGAAGAUGGCGAUUUUCAUUUCAACGCAAACGUAGCUUUCGACAGGGAUGGCACACUUCUGAUGAAAUAUCACAAAGAACAUCUUUUCUACGAAUUUGGCAUGGAUUUGGCUCGAGCACAACAAAACGCCACUUUUGAAACUGAUUUCGGUACAUUUGCCACCUACAUUUGCUUCGACAUCGACUUUGGACGAAUGAGUGAAGUAGGUCAAUGGCCAACCGUCGAUGCUGUGUUGUUUUCUACUAUGUUUGUUGAUCAAGCCCCUCAAAUGAUGUCUAUUCAGUUUUGGGAAUCUUGGGCUCUUGCAAACAAUAAAACUUUGUUGGCAGCUAACAUACAGAUUCCAGGGUUUCUUGCUGUUGGAAGCGGCAUAUUCCACGGACAAGAGGGAGCUUUGUCUUACACAUUCAACCCAGAUGGUAUUUCCAAACUUGUAGUGGCCAGAAUACCAAAGUCUGAUUUUGAGUCGGUGGCACCAUAUGCCAGCAUCACAGCCAUGAAGGAUGACGAGACAUGGGAGUGGAAAGGAGAUGGCAAGGACGUACCUGAAGUAUGCUCCAGAACACUAUUGAAUGAUUCAACUGUGGUUACAAGAGAUUAUAGAUGUAUGGAAGAAAACAUGACUGAUUAUACCUUCGUGAAACUUACUGCACCGAAAGGGCGUGUAGAUGCCUGCAAUAACGGAGUCUGCUGCUUUGUAGACUACGAAACUGACGGAAUGACUGAAGAUUAUUACUUGGGUGUCUUUAAUGGCACUUACAACCAUUUUGGAAGAUACAACUGGUGCGAGGAAGAUUGUGUUAUGGCAAGAUGCGAUCCUUUAGGUGACAGACCAUGCGCAACGUUCCCUAUGAAAUCCGAAACUGUCUUCCGACAUCUGCAUUUGAAGGGUAAUUUUACUAGUAAAGUAAUUUAUCCUUCGGUCACUGAAAGCGGAAUGAGACUCGUGCCAAGAUCAGACUGGCACCAUCAUACCCAUGAGAAUCUCCUGAGUGACAUUCACUUCGAUAGCAAAUCCGGUAGAAAGUUAUUGGUAGCUGGCCUGAAAGGUCGAUGCUACGACAAAGAUCCUCCAUACAGAAGAUAAAUAAGGAACACUUAUGUCAUAUACUGUCACAUCUGACCGAAAACUUACAUAAUAACAUUUUUUUUUGUUACUAAAUGAAAUAUUGGAAACAAAAUGCUGUUGAAUACAAGUGCAACUGGAAUGCACACUUGAAUCAGAACUCUUAACAUAAAUCUGUAUGAAUGAUCCAAGGUUUAAUAAUGCAUUAUAAUCAAACUUUUUAUUGUUUUCUAUUAAACGCUGAAUGGAAUGUAUAGUUUCAUGAAAUAAAACAUUUUGUUGAAAAAUA